AUGCCCUCCAACGAUAACGAAAUUCAAUAUCAUCUGUCAUUCCCACUACCAUACCGCGCACUCCUUCUGAUAGGUCUUGGAAUAUUUGGAUGGGCCAGCAAUCUCCAUGGCCUCGACAUUCUUGGGGUGGACGCAGUGUCGGCGAUGGACCUGCGAACGGACACCUAUAGCUCCAACUCAGUAAUGCCUGUACAUCAUUCUACCAGUUUCAGACACACCAAAGCCGCCAUUCUCUACCAUUCUGUAUACCGCAUAUUCUUUUCCUAUGCUACAGCUUGCUUUUUUUCCUGGACCAUCUAUAGAUUUGUUACUCAAGGCGAUCCUUUGCGCGUAGACGCAUAUGGGUAUAUACCAGGGAUUACUGCAAUCGCCCUUCUACUCAUUCUGUUAUGCCCAUAUAAUAUCAUGUUUUUGCAUGAACGCGCCAAGUUUACCAUGGCCAUCCGAAGAUGCUUGUUUCCUGCUGGAAGUGGUGCAAUAUAUUUUUCUGAUGUGAUAUUUGCCGACAUUGGUACAUCCUUCGCCAGAGUUUUUGGGGACAUUUGGCUAUCACUUUGGAUGCUGAAACCAGGAAAUAGCAUCUUAGUGCCUCCUGUAGAAGAUUACUGGUCGCGUUGGUUUUUCCCUCUGGUUAUGAGUUUUCCCUUUUUCCUACGAUUCCGGCAAUGUCUCAUAGAGUACAAUUUACCAUCCAAUGACAGUCGGAAGCCAUUGUACAAUGCAUUAAAAUACGCGACGUCAUUUCCGGUUAUAUUCUUGUCUGCUGCUCAACGUACACUUUCCACGGAUAUGAGUAAGGAAAGCGAGAAUAAAAUUUCUGGAGGAAGUUGGCAAGGCCCCCAUCCCCUAUUUCGACUGUGGUUGCUGGCAGCCGCCGUCAAUUCCUUGUAUUCAUUUUGGUGGGAUGUCACCAACGAUUGGGGCUUGGACUUGUUGAAGAUCGAGCGAACAAAGGCCGUGGAUCGUCACAUUCCGAGACCACUUAUUCUUCCCCGACUGCAUUCUGGUACUCCUUUGGUUAAUAGCCGCACAUCGCUUGAUUCCCAGUCGUCAGAAGAUCACCCGCCAGUCCGUAUUGAACUCAGCGAUCCGCCCAAAUAUCGACACCGUCAAUCGUGCUUUGGCUUGCGAACAAUCUUGUUCUAUCCACGCGCCAUCUAUCCAGUUUUGAUUUUCGUCAAUCUGCUGCUACGCAUGAUAUGGUCGGUCAAGUUGUCUACACAUAUGCAAUCGUCGCGAGAUGGGAGUGUAGCCUUCUUCUGGUUGGAGGUCGCCGAGUUGGUUCGCAGAUGGCUGUGGGUAUUCGUGAGGGUUGAGUGGGAGUUAAUCAAGAAAACGCAUGACAAGGUUCCCACAAGUCUGUCAGAUGAAAGGAGUGGGGAUGAGGGUGAAUACGAAAUGAUUCCUAACACACCCGACGUGAUGGGUAGAUAA